UUACAUAUAUAUCAGAAAAAUCAAUAACUGCUGCAACAGUUUGAGAAAGCGGCGCUGUAGAGUUUAGUAUAACAGAAACUCACCUCGAAAAUGAAACAGAACUGGAAAAUCGUAAGAAUUGCGUUGAAAAUUAUACGACCUCAUCGAUAAUGUUUUUCUGAGUCUCAAUGAGGUUUUAUGUGUAUAAUUAAGUAACAUAUAUUACGAGAAAUACUCAAUAAAAUGGAGCAGCAAAAUGAUUGCUCGCUUCAAAGAGGACAGCCACUGCGUCGCUAUGCAAAUGAUUACAAGACAGAAGGAGGACAUUCAUCUACCUGUAUUUUUUAUUAUAUUUAUCUUGAAUAAAACAAUGGCAAAUCAGUACUCGAAUACAGGUAGACCUACGGUACGCAUAGUUGUAAAUUUAAUGACAGGGAUAUUUCUGAUGGAAGUCGAACAAAACGCGACAGCACAGCAAAUUCUUACUAUAGUGCAAUCGGAAGAAGGAUUGUCAAGAAUUGCUUUAACGACUACCGUGCCAGUUUUUGCUCUGUGGAUGUGUUCGUCACAAUUAGAAGUUCAAUUACGUCCAACACACAAACCCAUAGAAUUGGCUGCUAAGUGGAGUUAUCUUGUGAAUAAAUAUAGUUCUUACACAGAAUAUUCCGAUGAUGAAGAACCUUUAUUAUAUUUUCGCAGAAACAUAUUUCUGUCUAGGACAGAGGAGGAGCAAAUCAAGGAUAUCAAAGUACUCGAGUUGCUCUAUGCGGAGGCCAAACACAAUGUUCUACAAGGACGAUAUGCAUGUGACGGUCCUGGGCGUUACACCAGUUUGGGAGCUAUGCAGGCCCGAAUCGAACUUGGACCUUAUAACGCGCAAAAUCACACUUUAGCUUUUUUCCGAAGACACCGCGGCCGAUUCUUACCACGUCAUUACGCCUCUCCCAGUCUCUUAUUUGGUUUGGGACUGGGAUUAGGAUUAAUAGGUGGCAAAGAAGCGCCCGAGGCGCAUCUUCUGGAACAAUAUAAACGAAUACCAAGUGGCACUCACAACGGUACCGUUAAUGUGAUUCCGAGGAAGCUAAUGAGGAAGUACCUCGAAUUCUGUUGGAAUUUACCGUGUUAUGGCGCGGCUUUUUUUCAAGGACAAAUUGAACGACCCGUCAGAGGCCUUGCUUCGUGGAUCACCAAUCGCGAUAUGCAAGUUCUCAUAGCGAUUAAUACAUCGGGAGUGUAUAUAGUUGAUGACGUACAAUGCAGCUUAUUAUUAGGACUAAAAUAUUCGGAGUUGAGUUGGGAAAUGGCGAAACCCUCGGAUGAAAACAAUUUGGACUGUUUGCCUUGUUUGUUUUUACAAUUUCCCGUACGAGAAAACGGAACGCGAGUCUAUAAAAUCUUACAAGUGUUUUCGAGACAGGCGCCAAUGAUGGAUACUUUGAUAUCUGGCUUUGCCGAGGACUAUCGUCGUCAAUUUAUCAACAGCGACGAUCAGUCAGCCAAAGAUCCUCUCGUCUCUCCCAGUGGAAAUUUUACAAAUAAACUCAGCAAAUUUACACUGGCUACUUUUGACGAUGAAGGUCGUUGUAUCGGUCAAAUGGGUUCUUGGUCUUUUCAAUAAAUGCAUUCUGAUAUA